GUGGAGCCAGAUCCAGAAGAUGAUUUUGGGAAGAAGACUGCCUGGAAAAACAAUGAAGUUUCUUCUCUUCAUAUUUGUCGGUGUUCACCUUUUACCCCUGGCCUCUGGGAAAGCUAUACAUGGGAAUGGCACCUCUCAGAGGACUUUUCAGGAAAUCAAAGAAGAAAUAGCCCACUAUGGAGAUGUUGCUAAAGCAAUCAUCAACUUUACUGUUUAUGGUAAAGGCCAGAACAGAUCCUAUGAGCGACUGGCACUUCUGGUUGAUACUGUUGGACCCAGACUAAGUGGCUCCAAGAGCCUAGAAAAGGCCAUCGAGAUCAUGCAGCAAAACCUGCAGGGAGAUGGGCUGGAGAACGUCCACCUGGAGCCUGUCAAAAUACCCCACUGGGAGAGGGGGGAGGAAUCUGCUGUGAUGCUGGAGCCGAGGAUUCACAAGAUGGCUAUUUUGGGUCUUGGCAGCAGCAUUGGAACGCCCCCAGAAGGCAUUACUGCGGAAGUUCUAGUGGUGACCUCUUUCGAUGAACUGCAGAGAAGAGGGCCAGACGCAGAAGGGAAGAUCGUCGUUUACAAUCAACCUUAUACCAACUACUCCGCAGCAGUGCAGUACCGCAUGGAGGGGGCGGUGGAAGCUGCCAAAGUGGGGGCUUUGGCAUCCCUCAUUCGGUCCGUGGCUUCCUUCUCCAUCUACAGUCCUCACACAGGUAUUCAGGAAUACCAGAAUGGUGUGCCAAAGAUCCCAACAGCUUGUAUUACGCUGGAAGACGCAGAGAUGAUGUCAAGAAUGGCUUCUCGCGGGAACAGAAUUGUCAUUCUUUUUUACAAUCCAAUAUCCCCUUUUGGAAAUGGAAUAUCUAUAAUCUGCUAUCAUAUGCCUAUCCCACAAGUGUAUGUUGGGAGCAGAAACUUGUUUUUUCAGUUUCACAGGUCCCCAGAUGGAAACUAUGCCCUAGGAGUUGAACUUAAUGGAUGA